UUCGAGGAGGUGACUAAGUAUGUCGCUGAGGGUAGUGCGAUUGAUGCAGUCUACAUGGACUUCAGUAAGGCUUCUGACAAGGUCCCACAUGGGAGACUGGUCACAAAGCAGCGCCACUAUGGAGAGCUCAAGCAGGUGUAAAGAGGUGGUGUUGCUGGCUUGUGGUUCAUUUAAUCCCAUCACAAACAUGCACCUGAGGAUGUUUGAAUUAGCCCGCGAUUACCUGCAUGAAACAGGGAAAUACAUGGUGAUAAAGGGCAUAAUAUCUCCUGUGAGUGAUGCAUACAAAAAGAAGGGCCUUGUAGAGGCACGCCAUCGUGUGGCGAUGAUAGAAAAGGCUGUACAGUGCUCUGACUGGGUGACCGUAGAUCCUUGGGAAAGCAAGCAAGGGGAAUGGCUGGAGACUGUCAAAGUACUUAGGCAUCAUUAUGAGAAUCUGAUGAAACUCUACGGCAAUGACAAAAAGAUCUCGACACUACCCAGAAAAGCAAAGAAAAGGAAGGCAGAAGAUAAAGACAUCUGUCCGCUAGUUGAAAGACAUGAUUUUAAACCAGAUUUGCCUGAGUUGAUGCUGCUGUGUGGAGCAGAUGUUUUAGAGUCAUUCGGAGUUCCCAAUCUGUGGAAAAAGGAAGACCUAGAAGAGAUCUUGGGCAGGUUCGGGCUGGUCUGCAUAAGCCGACAAACAUGCAAUCUCCAAAAAUGUAUUUACGAGUCUGACCUCAUCUGGAGGUUCAGGGAAAAAAUUCACCUGGUGACCGAAUGGAUAGACAAUGACAUCUCGGCCACGAAGGUUCGCCGAGCCUUGCGAAGAGGACAGAGCGUUAGGUACGUGAUCCCAGAUCCCAUCAUUGAAUACAUUCAGCAGCACCGGCUAUACGAUCAGCAUAGUGAAGCUAAGAAUUCUGACGUCAUCCUAGCACCCCUGCAGCGCUACGGAGAAGAAUCGAGUGGGGGCUCACUACAGUGUUCUCAUCGCUUGACUUGCACAAUGCCAGCAGACUUCAGCGGUACCCGGAAGCUGUUUCUCAAUAAAAAUCUCGACGCUUACUUGCAAGCACUGGAUAUUGACUUUCCUACUCGUAAGAUUGCAACUCUGCUGAAACCAGAGAAGGUUAUUGAGCAGAACGGCAACUCAUUCGUUAUCAAAACAAACAGCACCUUCAGGAACUACAAAGUCCAGUUUACUGUGGGAGAAGAAUUUGAUGAAGACGUAAAAUGUUUAGACAAUCGCAAAUGCAAGUCAAUAGUUACCUGGGAAAACGGGAAACUGGUUUGCACUCAAAAGGGAGAAAAGAAGGACCGGGGAUGGACUCACUGGAUCGAAGACAAUGACCUAUACCUGGAACUCUACUGUGAAAACCAGGUGUGCAGACAGGUUUAUAAGAAAAUCUCCUCAACAUAAGGGCGUGAAAACGGAAAAUGUGAAACCUAUUAUUUGGCGUGAUUUUUGCUAAAUGUUAAGACUGCAUUUCUUUGAGUGAUUAAAAGGUGAUAAGUUUCCCUUUGUCCUCUGACUUUGGUCUGACAGUGUUUCAU